CAAGUUACCGUGAGAAGCGGCUCCAGACCAAACAUGCCAUGGAGAGCCCCAGCAGAACGAGCAGCAGUCACACUGCCUGCCAUUGCUGCCUGCAGUCCCUCUGUGGGACCUUAAGAGAAGAAAAUGCUUACUGUGUGACCUGCUAUGACAGCCUGUUUGCUAACUCCUGUGAUGAGUGCAAGCAACCCAUCGAGUGCGAUUCCAAGGAUCUGUCCUAUAAAGGCCACCACUGGCAUGAGAGAUGCUUCAAGUGUGCCAAAUGCAGUCUGUCACUGGUGGAGAAACCCUUUGCUGCCAAGGAUGAGGUCUUGCUGUGUACUGAGUGCUAUUCUGAUGAGUAUUCAUCCAGGUGUUUCCACUGCCAGAAGACCAUCAUGCCUGGGUCCCGCAAAAUGGACUUUCAGGGAAGCUCCUGGCACGAAUCCUGCUUCGUUUGUCAGCAUUGCCGGCAGCCACUGGGGACAAAGCCUCUGAUCACCAAAGACAAGGAGAAUUACUGCCUGCCCUGCUUUGAGAAGCAAUUUGCUCACCAUUGCUACUCUUGCAAAAAGGUCAUAACUUCGGGGGGAGUGACCUACCAGGACCAGCCCUGGCAUAAAGAAUGCUUUGUGUGUGCUGGGUGCCAAACCCAGCUGUGUGGACAAAGGUUUAUUUCCAAAGAUAACUUUCCAUACUGUGUGGACUGCUUCAGCAAAUUGUAUGCUAAGAAGUGUGCUGCUUGCAAGAAACUUGUUACAGCUCUCGGAGGUCCCAGAUUUAUCUCCUUUGAGGAGUGGCACUGGCAUGAGGAGUGCUUCCGCUGCGGGAAAUGCUCAGCCCCACUGCUGGGGCAGCAGUUCCUCACCUGGCAGGAGGAUGUCCUCUGCCACAAGUGUGGCUCUGCUCCAUAGCUCUGUGCACAGCCGCAUUGUUCCUGCUCCACAGCAAUGCGCCUCCUAGCUCUGCAGUAAGACAACCAUGGAAAAGGUGCAAGAGUUAUUUAGUCAUUCCAGCAGCAGGCUCA